AUGGCUUUGGAUGAUGAUGAUACUAAUGAUAUGGUUAUUGAUGACACCCCACCAAAUUCUCCAGGUAAUAAUCAUCCUCCAUAUCCACCUCUAUCAUCUAUUCCUCCUCCACCAUCUCAUCCUCCUCCUCACACUCCUUCAUCACCUUCAGACACUGGUGAUCAAUCAAAUAUCAAUGACUAUGAAGGGUUUCUUGAUGUUAGAUUCAUGCCACAAGUUGUUGUUCCCGAUGUUCCUUUGAAUGUUAUUUACCUUGAUUCUUACUUUGAGGAGGAGGUUCCUCAAGAAAUUAAUAGAGCCAUUGAGCUUGAUAAUGAUCAGAUCAAUCCUUGA